AUGUGCUUCCUCACUCCACCAAUUUCAGAAAAGGAACUCCCUUCUCCUGGCAGGAAGGAGGACCAGGCUGGUCCUACCAAGUUGCAGGAGAAAUUGGAAAAGAUGCUAGAAGAUGCCUACAACCGCUCAGAGAGUGAAGAAGUUGCUUUCAUUGUUCAGCUGGCAAGAAAGUUGCUGAUGGUUAUUGCACGUCCGGCAAGACUCCUUGAGUGUCUGGAAUUUGAUCCAGAGCAAUUUUACCACCUGUUGGAAGCUGCAGAAGGUCAUGCCAAGGAGGGCCAGGGUAUAAAGACUGACAUUCCACGUUACAUCAUCAGCCAAUUGGGGCUCGCAAAGGACCCAUUAGAGGAGAUUGUUCAGCUGGAUAACUAUGACGCAGAAUCCACACUGCAGCUGGAGCAAGAAGAAUUUCAAGAUACUUGUAUUUUAAGUACACCUAACAGAAAGAAACCAGGAGAGAAUGAUUUUGAAACGAUCAAACUGAUCAGCAAUGGCGCCUAUGGUGCUGUGUACCUUGUCAGACACAAAGAAACUCGCCAACGCUUUGCCAUGAAGAAGAUUAACAAACAGAAUUUGAUCCUUCGAAACCAAAUCCAGCAAGUAUUUGUUGAGAGAGAUAUAUUAACCUUUGCGGAGAAUCCCUUUGUUGUCAGCAUGUUCUGCUCUUUUGAAACCCGAAGACAUCUUUGCAUGGUGAUGGAGUAUGUAGAGGGUGGAGAUUGUGCUACACUUCUAAAGAACAUGGGACCUCUUACUUUUGACAUGAGUCGCAUGUACUUUGCCGAAACGGUCCUGGCAUUGGAGUAUCUGCAUAAUUAUGGAAUUGUUCACAGAGACCUCAAACCUGACAAUUUGCUGAUCACUUCACUGGGACAUAUCAAGCUUACAGAUUUUGGACUAUCGAAAAUUGGUCUUAUGAACAUGACAACUAAUCUUUAUGAAGGACACAUUGAAAAAGACACAAGAGAGUUUUUGGACAAACAGGUAUGUGGGACUCCUGAGUACAUAGCUCCUGAGGUAAUUCUAAGGCAAGGUUAUGGAAAGCCUGUGGACUGGUGGGCAAUGGGCAUUAUUCUCUAUGAAUUCCUGGUGGGCUGCGUUCCAUUCUUUGGUGCCACGCCAGAGGAGCUGUUUGGACAUGUGAUUAGUGAUGAUAUUGUUUGGCCAGGAGGUGAAGAGUCUCUACCAACCGAUGCUCAAGAUCUUAUCACACGACUUUUGAGGCAGAAUGCAAUGGAUCGACUUGGGACAGGAGGGGCACAAGAGGUAAAGCAACAUGUCUUCUUCCGCUCCUUGGAUUGGAAUGGGCUUUUGAGACAUAAAGCAGAGUUUGUGCCACAACUGGAGGCUGAUGAUGACACCAGUUAUUUUGACACACGUUCAGAACGUUAUCAUCAUUUGGCUUCCGAAGAUGACGAUGAGACCAAUGAUGAGGAAUCGUCUGUGGAAAUUCGUCAGUUUUCUUCUUGUUCACAUCGAUUCAGCAAGGUUUACGGUAGCUCUGAACAUCUUGCUGCACAACUAAAUCUCAGCUUCUCCUCUACUGAGAGAAGCCAUAGUGAUGAGAAAGAAGACCGGAGUGAGAAGUGGGAGAAAGUCUUGUCUAGAGAUGAUGAAAAAAGCCUACUCACUUCAGAAACCAGACUAAGGUCUUGGACAUCUUCUGGGUCUUCCCAUCACUCCUGGCUAAGCGAGCGCAGUGCAAGCCCAUGUGUGCUAACCAGUACAUGUAGCCUGGACACCAUGCCCAAAUUUGCAUUUUCUUCUGAAGAUGAGACCUCUGAUCACAAGUCUGACAACCCCAUAUUCACUUUAGGUGAUAAAAAAGAGACCUCAUCAAGACCAUCAUCACUUUGCGAUAUAGUGAGCUUAAGCCGAACUCGUCUGCGCAGUAACAGCACUGGAGCCAAAAACUCUACUCCUCGCACUCUGGAUCCCGGAAUGAGUAGGCGACUACGGGGUCAGAGAGUGACACCUGAAAAACAGAGCUCUACUCCAGGAAAUCGUUUUCCCAAAUCUGCAUCUGUUUCUGCACUCUCAUUGAUCAUUACCUCAGAUGAAUUUGCCACUGGAUCCCUUAUGAGUCCCAUAUCCCCACAUUCUCUGUCAUCUAAUCCCUCAUCCAGGGACUCUUCUCCCAGCCGAGAAACAGCAGUGGCAGUGACAAGUCUGCGCCCCCCAAUAAUUAUACAUAGUUCUGGCAAGAAAUAUGGCUUCACCUUGCGUGCCAUCCGUGUUUACAUGGGAGAAAGCGAUGUGUAUACUGUCCACCACAUGGUUUGGAGUGUAGAAGAUGGAAGCCCGGCUCAUGAAGCAGGGUUAAGGGCUGGGGAUUUGAUUACACAUGUGAAUGGAGAAUCUGUUCUUGGUCUGGUACACAUGGACGUUGUGGAGCUUCUUUUAAAGAGCGGCACGAAAGUGUCACUGAGGACCACUCCCCUAGAAAACACUUCUAUAAAGAUUGGACCAGCCAGAAAGAACAGCUGUAAAGGUCGUAUGGCCAGAAGGACCAAGAAAAGCAGGAAAAGAGAGAAUCAGGACAGAAAGCGUUCUCUCUUCAGGAAAAUUUCUAAGCAAUCUACAGUAUUACAAACCAGUAAGAGCUUUUCCUCAGGACUACAUCAGUCAUUGUCUUCCAGUGAGAGCCUUCCAGCUUCUCCAACCCACAGCCUGUCUCCUGGCCCCACAACCCCUAGUCGAAGUCCUGCUCCUGAUAUGCCCACUGAUAAUGUGUCGCCUCAAAGUACAUCUCCAUGCUCUAGUACACCAAGCUCACCUGCUGGUCACAUUCGGCCCAGUUCACUGCAGUGUUUAACACCCAAACUCAGUGGACAACGUUACAAGGUGGGACGAAGGAAGUCUACAAGCAGCAUUCCACCAUCUCCACUGGCUUGCACUCCAUCACCUGCUCAUCAGGCACCAUCUUCCCCACAACGUUCCCCUUCUCCUUUGUUGCCUGGACAUUCUAGAGCCAGUCAUGGUGUUUUCCAGGGCAAAACAUUGUCACCUCCUGCCAUUGUACGACAAGGAGCACGUAGCAGGGUAACAGAAGCUCCUCGUUCACCUCUUUUAAAAAGAGUACAGUCAGUAGAAAAGAUGGCCAGCCACUUUAACUGUGGUCGCAAGACAACACCUCCAGAAAUUCAGCCAUGGGAGGAACCGCCUGAUGGCACAGAUGGUACAUCUGAUACUGGUAGUCGGAAUAAAGAAUGGGGAUCAGAAAAACAUGAGCGUGAUUCAGAAGUAGUAGUUAUGAGGAGGCUUAACCUGUCAGAGAGAAGGGAUUCCUUUAAAAAGCAGGAAGCUGUGCAAGAAGUUAGUUUUGACGAGCAGGAGACAGUGGGGAGUGAUUGUGUUUCUGAAGGGCAGAAAACAGAGGGCAACUCUGUGCUAUGGGAAAGACUGCCCCACCAAACCUCAUGGAUCCAGGCAAGACCAGCAAGUAUAUCAUCAGUAAUUACAGCCCAUGAACAUCACUGCCGCUUAGUGCCACAAAUUGCUGUUCAGACCUCUGAAAGUGAAGAGCAAGACAAGGCCUCUGGACUCUGGGAGUGUCAAGCAUUUUAUCCCCUACAGCCUACAAGUAGAGACAAAUGCCAUCUUGUUUCUUGGCUGUCAGAGCCUUCAGCUGCCAGUCCAGAAAGACUGGAUGAGGGUCAUCUUACUCCUUUGCAGCUGUUUUCUGUAGGCGCAGAUGUGCACUUGGAAACUAACAAAGGGGGUAAGAGCAAAGAACGUGAACAGACAGAACAAUCUGUGAAGAAAACAAGCUGAGCUGUUUGGCUGGUUAUGACUUUACGGUUGCACUAAGUGUUUUGUAAAAGCUUUCACACAAGAAAUGUCUACAGGACGCAAAGCUUUUUAUAGGACUUAAAGUGUGAGCCAGGGAAAAGAGAUUUUUUUUUUUUUUUUUAUCUUUUACUUUUUUAUGUAAUUUAACUUUCAUUGUAUGGUUUUGAUACUUUGUACUUGUAUUUAUAUAUGAUAUCAGUGGCAUGCCUUGUUUUUAUUUUAUGGUUCAACCUUGAGUAGGAAAUACGUCAUCUAUGUUACACUCCUAUGCUUGCAUUUCAGUAUUCUAGAUUUACGAUGUUGGUACUACUGCUCAUGCAGAAGGACGCCUGCAGCACCCCCCAUGUUGUCUUCUAAAUUACCCUUUUAAGUAGUUUUUUUGGCAGUAAAACUAGUAACUACAAUAUUUAAAUUAAAACAGCUGUAAAAACUGAAACAUUGACUCUGCCUUAAGUUGAGGCGCACUAAUUACCUAUUUGAUGGAGGUCCGAGAUCUCCAGUUAUCUUGUUUCACGUUAGCUGAAGACCAACUUGUUGUCCUAGGUGGCAUAAUAGCUGUUAUUUGGGACAUCAAAACACAGAGUAACAUAGGAAUGAAAUUCCCUAGUUAGGUUAGCUUAUGACAAGAGAGCAGGCUCCUACAGAGUAAUGCAAAAAGACUGAGGGAUAUUGAAUGUGAAUAAAGUAAAUAAAUUUUGCGAGGGUAGGGUCCCUGAACUGUGGGCUGAAGUAAAAAAUCUACUUUUCUCUAUUCAAGAGGAAAACAAUGAAUACCACAGUCCACUGUGUCUAUUAAUUUGUCUGCAAAUAUUUCCAUAAUUUUUUAUUUGAAGGAUAAAAUGUUUCUUUAGAACCUUGUGUGAUAUAUGACAAUACCUUAUAUUGCAUACAUAUGUGAGUCUAUAGAUUUGUUGCCGUCAAAUGCUGUCGAACAUAUAUACAUAUCUGGAAGAAUCAAUAUACACACGUCACCUGUGUAUAAAUUUUUUUUUUUUUUUUUACUUUUUUCCCUUUAUAAAUAACCUGUAAUAAAGGUGAAAAAAAAAAUGGGUGGGCAGCAGUUUAUGUAGUUAUGGAAAUUAAUAUGAGAGAAGGCAUGUGACAAGCUGUGUAAGUAACAUAUUUCAGAAAAUGGAUGCGUAUGAAAAGUACCUCUUUAUUUGCUCUACUUAAAAGGGUUGUCUCAUCACUGACAAUCGGGGCAUAUUGCUAGGAUAUGCCCCCAUUGUCUUAUAGGUGCGGGUUCCACGACUGGGACCUGCACCUAUAUCGAGAACGGAGCCCCGCAAAUGAAGGAGGGCGCACAGUGCAUGCGCCCUCCAUUAGUUUUCUAUGGGGCUGUCAAAAAUAGCCGAUCGCUGGCUUGGGAAAGAUGGAAAAUGGAAGUUGCAUUUCAACAUGCCCAACCCUUUAUUUGCCACAGGAGAUAAACCUUUGCCAGCUACAGCUCAUUCCAUUUUCCUCAUUAAAAUAAACAUGAACGCUGGAUUCAGAUUCAGUUGUGGAAUUUGAUAAGAGCUGUGGACAAAAGAGGGAUGACUGCUAACUCAUGUAUAAGCUGGCCUCUGGCAGUUUUGGCUGCACAGCAUAUUUUCAGUAAUAUUCUAUACUGUAUUCAAGGACUGUGUGAAGACCUUUUCAAAAAAAUUAAAUAUUUUUCAUUAUG